UAAAAACUAGAACAAUAAUGCCUUCAAAAUUAUCACCACGAUCAUUCCCUCAAUAUCUUUCCUCUCUCUCUUUCAACUGCCCGGCUUCCAAAUACAGCAUGGACUUCUCAGACUUUCCUGCAGGGAAAUCGCCGAGAAGAGAGCUCCAAGGCCGCCGCCCCACGCCUCUCAGAGUACACAAAGAUUCCCACAAGAUCAAGAAACCGCCGCUGGCGCCGCAGCAACAGCCAUCACAUCCACAACCCCAUCAGCAUCGCCCGCCGGUCAUAAUCUACACGGUCUCGCCGAAGAUAAUUCACACCAGCCCCCGUGAGUUCAUGACUCUAGUUCAACGCCUAACCGGCUUGUCAUCAUCCUCUUCCUCAUCAAUCGACCCGUCUACCAAUAUUAAUCCUUCAAACGACUAUAAAAGCGGUGCAAUAUCGCCCGCAGCUCGCUAUGCGACGAUAGAGAAGGCUAGGUCUCCUGAAGGGAAGAAACUACAGCAUGGCGGCGGCGGCGGUGUGGGAGGGAUAGAGAUUUCUCAUGGGGUUGAGACGAUGGGUCAAUUUCCGGGGAUAUUGUCACCGGGGCCAGCUUUACUUCCUCCAAUCCCAUCCAACUUUUUCUCUCCCUCGUCUGAUCCUGGGCCGCUUAGCAGCUUCUUUCAUGAUCUAAGCCCUGUGUUUCACGGCAGCAAGAAUAAUCAUGUAGAAGGUAGUUUCAUGCCUAGCCCUUCAAACUUUAUUUACAUGACUUCCCCUACUACUCCAUCCAUAGACUUAUUCAACAAUUUCUUUGACUAUAUUUGAUUGUCGGUGGGUUUCUUGUUUUUUGUUCUGAGAACGGAGAGAGAUAUAGCGGUCUUUUUUGGGUUUAAUUAGCUUCAAUGGUGAUCGAAGAGAGAUGAUAGAUAGGGUGGACUAAAGUGGAUUCCGGUGGCGGCCAGAAAUAUGUAGUUGCAAACUUCUUAAUGACACUGUCUGCUUGUUCUGUUCACGUUUUAAUUUGGUGGGCCAUUCAUCAUAAAUAUCUCAUCAUAUGAUAUUCAUCCUUCUCUUUUCUUUUCUUUUAGAAAGAAUCCUUCUCUUUUCUGGUUC